AUGGCGAAAGUAUAUGUGGGCAACUUGAGCUGGAACACCACGGACGAUGGCCUUGCCGAGGCUUUUAGUCCUUAUGGUCAGCUUACCGACUACAUUGUUAUGAAGGACCGUGAGACUGGCCGAUCGCGUGGUUUUGGCUUUGUUACGUUCAUGACCCAGCAGGAGGCGGAUGCAGCGAUCAUGGCUCUGAAUGAGCAGGAGCUCGAUGGCCGUCGUAUUCGUGUGAACAUGGCCAACUCACGCCCCCCUAUGGGUGGGCUGUCAGGUGCCAAUUUGGGCUACAGUGGACUGACUGGUGGUUACGGUGCGGGUGCCUAUAGCACCGUGCAACCUGCCUAUGCGCCUUACGCACAGCCAGCUGCUUUUGCGUAUGCUCAACAACCAGGCUAUGCUGGCUAUCAGCAGCAGCCCUACGCUGCUCAGCCUGCCGCAUACCCUGCACCCCCGGCGGGCUAUCCCCAGCAGGGUGCUUACUCGUACGGUGCGCAGCAGUAUGGCGCACCCCCUCAACCUUUUCCCGCCCAGCCUCCGCAGGGCCCUCAGGGAUACGGAGGUCCUCCCUACUAA